AUGAGAAGCUGUGAAAAAGAAAUCGACUCGGGCGACAAUGCCUCGACGGCCAUGGGCGUGUCGGCCCAGAUUGACAAGGAGUCGGAGAGGCGGGUGCUGUCCAAGUUUGACUGGUUUGUGAUGCCACAAAUGUCCAUCCUCGUGCUCUUUGCCUACCUGGACCGAACCAAUAUUGGAAACGCACGCGUGUUUGGCUUUGAGGAAAGCACUGGCAUGCCAGGCACCGACUUCAACAACAUAUCCAUGUUCUUCUACAUCACCUACAUCAUCUUUGAAACGCCCUGGGUCAUGGCCGUCCGCCGCUUCGGGCCCGGCCGCGUGCUGGCCGUCGCCAUCAUCUGCUGGAGCGCCGUCACGCUCGGCACCGGCUUCGUGCGCACCUACCCCGAGGUCAUCGCUUGCCGCGUGCUCCUCGGCGCGUUCGAGGCCGGCCUGUUCCCGGCCCUGACUUUUGUCAUUUCGGAUAUUUACCCCGCCGCGUCGCAAGGCAAGCGCAUCGCGGUGCUGUAUAUUUCCAUCGCCCUCUCGGGCGCCCUUGGCGGGCUGAUUGCGUACGGCAUCCAGUCCAUGGGCGCGCAGCACGGCCUGGCCGCCUGGCGAUGGCUGUUCAUCAUCGAAGGCGCCGUUUCGUUUGCCAUUGGGGGUCUCUGCUGGGUCAGCCUCCCGGGCACGCCCGAAACGGCCUGGUUCUUGAACGAAGCGGAAAGGAACACGAUGACUCUGCUGAAGCUUCGCGACCACCCGUACGAGGUGACUCACAAGUUUUCGUGGAAGCAAGUCGGGUUGGCUGUUUCCGAUCCGUUGGUGUGGCUGGCGUCUAUUGCACUGUUCUGCUCGUCGAUUGCCAUGUUUGGCUUCAGCACCUUUUUGCCCACGCUCCUCAAGGGCAUGCACAUACCAGUCUACGUCGUGGCAUCCAUCGGCACUGGCCUCACGACCUUUGUCUCGGAUCGGAUCGGUCGUCGCGCAAUCUGUCUCAUUCACUCGCCGAUUCUCGUCAUGAUUGGCUACGCCGUCGGUAUUGGCUCGAGCAAUCGAUCGGCUGCUUAUUUUGGCAUGUUUAUUGUCGGCGCCGGCGUCUAUUCCUUCAACACUGUCCUCUUGACCUGGGUGGCGAAUAAUAUUCAUCCCGAUUAUAAGCGUUCAGUCGCCAUUGCCAUGGUUGUCUCGAUUGGCAACGCAGCAGGUUUGGCUGCCUCGCAAAUUUAUCCAAUCGCAGAUGCACCUCGCUAUCUCGUAGGAAAUUCCGUAUCGCUCGGCUUUGAGUCGCUGGCACUAGUUUGUGUGGCUCUUAUCUCCAUGCUGUUGCGAUAUAGGACCAGGCAAAAGCAGCAAUUGAUUAGCCAGGGUGUAGAGAGCAACGGUAGAGAGGGAGACCAGAGCCUGGACUUUGACUAUGUAAUGUAG